AUGGAAUUUUUGAUGCCAAAUAAAUCCUUAUCUCAUAAAUCAAAAAAUAAAGGGAACCCCUACCACAAAUGUAUCAAAUGCUCUAAAAGAAAAAAGUCUUCAGAAGAAUGUCGACAUAUUUGCCACAUUUGCAUUAUAAAAUAUAAGAAAUAUGAUGUGUGUCAUGAAUGGAGAAUACCUUCUAAAGAAAAUGAGCAUAUUUGUCAGGAAUGUAUUGUAUUAUACGUAAAAUGUGACGAAUGUCAUGAAUGGAGAAUGACUUCUAAAGAAUAUAAACGUAUUUGUCAGGAUUGUAUAAUAUUAUGUGAUGAAUGUCAUAAAUGGAGAAGACCUUCUAAAGAAAAUCAACGGAUUUGUCAGAAUUGCAUUAUAUUUUGUGACGAAUGUCAUGAAUGGAAAAGACCUACUAAAAAAAUUCAGCGUAUUUGUCAAGAUUGUGUUAUAUUUUGUGUGGAAUGUAAUGAAUGUCUUGAAUGGAGAAGGUCUUCUGAGGAAGCUAAGCGCAUUUUAAUAAGCGAUUUGGGAAUAAGUAAAUCUUUGAUCGAAUCAAUAGAUAAUGAUGAAGAGAUUUAUGAUAUUGUGCCUUAUGUUGCUCUUGAGAUUCUUCAGCGACAAAAAUAUAUCACAGCUUCAGAUAUAUAUAGCUUUGGCAUGAUUAUGUGGGAGUUAAUGACUGGUAGAAGACUAUUUUGGGAUCAAAGUCAUGACACAGAUCUUAUUAUUAAUAUUUGCGAUGGAUUACGUCCUUCAAUCGUUACAAAUGCACCUGAUGGAUAUAUUGGAUUAAUGCAGCAAUGCUGGCAUUCUGAGCCGAAUCUAAGACCGUCAGCUACUGAAAUAUAUAAUAACGUUUUGAAAAGGAUUAUAUCUAAUGAAUCUAAAA